CAGAAGAUACCAAAACUCAAAAAACCUCAGAAAGAUACCAAAACUCAUAACCCUAUUCGCAAGCGUCAAUACCAAAACUCAGAAAAAUCGGAGUAUUUCUCCUUCUCAAUCUCAAUUCCUCCUAGAAAUUGAAUUGGUAAAACUGAAUCUUCAAUCCUUAACCAGAUUUGACGAUUAUUGGAUUCGAAGGUUGAAGAAUUUUCUUGAAUUCGAUUGGUUACUCGUUUGGAAUUUUGUUGCUCUUGUGUGCCUUCUGCCCGCGUGCCUUCUGGUUUGCUUCAGGUUGCUGUCUUUUCUGUGUUAAAAAGAACUCGUCGUUGUUCUGUUAGAAAGCUUAGCUGACCAAAUUGGAUCUCUAAUUCUUGGAAUAGAGAAGGCAUUACUUAGUGAUAUUCUUCCUGUUCGUGCACAUAAUGCAGAAUGUUAGCGGGAAAAUGGUUCGUUCAAAGGAGGAAGUAGUUCGUCUAAAUGAGAAAACGAUUCAGCCAACACAUAAAGCUUCUUUGCCGGGAUCUAAAAGGAGCUAUGUACCACCUCAAUUGUUGGCUAGGGGACGUGGACAAAGGUUAGCAGAUAUGUAUACUUUCAAAAGACAAGCUACAACCACUUCUUUAGUAGGAAUUGGAGUUGGGACUAAAUCGUCCACUGCAGUAGGCAGUCAGGUAUUAAAGCCCAUUCAAGGUCAAAAGAAUAAUUCCAAAGGGCUUCAUACUGGGGAUGAUUCUGAUGUUAACGUAGAUGGAGCUUCCUUCGAUCCAUUAUUUACUUACCCCUCUGCCACAAGUAAUAACGUAGAAGACUGGCAGUUAUCACCUGAGCCAGUUCAUGAGGAAAACAUGGAUGAUGAGCUUUCAUCAGAAGAUGAGGAUAUGCACAUUCAAAAUGGAAACGAGAACUUUGAUAACCAUGAUAACGAGGCUUGUGAAGACAGAAUUGAAAAGGAACAUGUCAAUGAGAUAGAGAUAUCUCAAACAAUUCAAGAAGAUGUGAACGGUGUUGGCUCUUCUUCCACUGUGAAGAACGUGAAUCAGAAAAAGAGGGGAAGAAACAAAUGCAAGGAAAUUGCCAAGCUUAAACCCGAUGAGAAGUUGGAAAUUACAUUCUACAACAAUAGAGCUGUUGGAACGAAUCAUAAAGUAUUUGCACGGCAUUUGGGGAUUAUAGUGCGAGAUACAAACAUUUGCCCGGUGAGAGUGCGCAAAUGGGAUGAUAUUGGAGAUAAAGAAAAGGAACACAUGUGGAGUGCCGUCACGGAUGUCUUCACUAAUGAAAUAAAAAGGGAAUCACCUUAGAAGCUGCAUACAAAGGUGAGCCACCUAGUGGACUUGACGAUAAGGAUUGGAAGUGGCUUAUAAAGGAGGUUUAUUCUGACGAAAAGUUUAAGGAAAGGAGUGCAAGGAACUUUGAAAAUAGGCGCAGUUAUGCAAAAGAGCUAAUGCAUCGAAUAGGGAGCAAGCCUACUAGACAAAUCAUUUAGGAUGAAUUGGGAGCGAAUAAGGGGAAAAAACCAACUUUGGUAGAUGUAUUCCACGCAACUCGCAAGAAAGGCACUAACCUCCCAAAUGCAGAAACGACACAAAAAUACGAGGAAAUUCAGAAAAUAAUGGAAGAAGAACCAACACUUUCCCAUGUACAGGUAGCACAAAAGGUGUUUAAGUCGAAGUCUCGUGAUCGGUUUUGGGUUUUGGAGGAGGAAUAACACUUAAAGAAUUAUCAAGACCACAACCUAGUAGGGUGGAACUUCAAUCUAAGUUGAAUGAGGCAAACAAACAAAAUCAUGUUCUUACCAAUCGCGUGGAUACGGUACAAGAAGAAAACAAUGCACUUAAGAGUCGCAUGAGUUCAGUUGAAGAAGAGCUUAAUGCAUUUAAAGAAGUGUUCUUACAACGCUUUUCAAAAGAUGGCACUCCAAGACAGAAUACUUCAACUAGUUAGAUUUUUAUUUUGUUCUUUUAGAUUGAACAAGAAUACUUAUCUUUUAGCUUUUUUAGAAUUUAAAGA